GCGGAGUUAAGAGUACCGCUUUCCCCUACGCGCGUUGCACAUGCGCUACGGCUUUUUUUUCACCCCCCUUUUUCCACUUCCACUAGCUUCCACCGUCCGGGGAACCGCCGCUACUGCCGCCGAGGAGUCAGGAAGUUCAAGAUGGCUGCCGCGGAGACUCAGUUGCUGCGGGAGCAACCGGAGCUGGAAGAUGUUGAUAAUUCUGAAAAGAGUAUAAAUGAAGAAAAUGGAGAAGUAUCAGAAGACCAAUCUCAGAAUAAGCACAGUCGUCACAAAAAAAAGAAACAUAAACACAGAAGUAAACAUAAGAAACAUAAACAUUCCUCAGAAGAAGACAAGGAUAAAAAACAUAAACAUAAGCAUAAACAUAAGAAACACAAAAGAAAAGAAGUUAUUGAUGCUUCUGACAAAGAAGGUAUGUCCCCAGCAAAAAGAACUAAACUUGAUGAUUUAGCUUUGCUUGAAGACUUGGAAAAACAGAGAGCCUUGAUUAAAGCUGAACUUGACAAUGAGUUAAUGGAAGGAAAGGUCCAAUCUGGGAUGGGGCUUAUUUUACAAGGUUAUGAGUCUGGCUCUGAAGAAGAAGGAGAGAUUCAUGAAAAGGCAAGAAAUGGAAAUAGAUCUAGUACUAGAUCUUCAAGUACAAAGGGUAAACUUGAACUUGUGGACAAUAAAAACAGUACAAAAAAAAGAAGUAAAAGCAGAUCCAAAGAACGGACUAGACAUAGGUCAGAUAAAAAGAAAAGUAAGGGAGGUAUUGAAAUAGUUAAAGAGAAAAUAACUAGGAGCAAGUCAAAGGAAAGGAAGAAGUCCAAAAGUCCAUCCAAGAGAAGUAAAUCUCAAGAUCAAGCAAGAAAAUCAAAGUCCCCUACCCUUAGAAGGCGAUCUCAAGAGAAAAUUGGGAAAGCCAGAUCUCCUAAUGAUGAGAAGGUUAAAAUUGAAGAUAAAAGUAAGACAAAAGAUAGGAAAAAAUCCCCAAUUAUAAAUGAAAGUAGAAGUCGUGAUCGAGGUAAAAAAUCCAGAUCCCCAGUUGACUUAAGAGGUAAAUCCAAAGACAGAAGGUCACGGUCCAAAGACAGAAAAUCAAAACGAUCUGAAACUGAUAAAGAAAAGAAGCCAAUUAAAUCUCCUUCUAAAGAUGCUUCUUCUGGGAAAGAAAAUAGGUCACCCAGUAGAAGACCAGGUCGUAGUCCUAAAAGAAGAAGUUUGUCUCCAAAACAGCGUGAAAAAUCAAGAAGAAGUAGAUCGCCACUUCUAAAUGAUAGAAGAUCUAAGCAGAGCAAAUCACCUUCUCGAACUCUGUCUCCUGGUAGAAGAGCCAAGAGUCGAUCCUUAGAAAGAAAACGAAGAGAACCAGAAAGAAGACGACUUUCUUCUCCAAGAACACGACCUCGAGAUGAUAUCCUCAGUAGACGUGAAAGAUCAAAAGAUGCCAGUCCUAUUAAUAGGUGGUCUCCAACCCGAAGAAGAACAAGUAGAUCUCCCAUUAGACGAAGGUCCCGCUCCCCACUUAGACGUAGUAGAUCUCCAAGAAGAAGAAGCAGGUCUCCUCGGAGAAGAGACAGAGGUCGUAGGAGCAGAUCACGCUUGAGAAGGAGGUCUCGAUCACGAGGUGGUCGUAGACGAAGAAGCAGAAGCAAAGUAAAGGAAGAUAAAUUUAAAGGAAGUCUUUCUGAAGGAAUGAAGGUUGAGCAGGAGUCUUCAUCUGAUGAUAAUCUCGAAGAUUUUGAUGUAGAGGAAGAAGAUGAAGAAGCCCUGAUAGAACAGAGAAGAAUACAAAGGCAGGCAAUUGUCCAGAAAUAUAAAUACCUUGCUGAAGAUAGCAAUAUGUCUGUACCAUCUGAACCAAGCAGCCCCCAGAGCAGUACCAGAACACGAUCACCUUCUCCAGAUGACAUCCUAGAGCGGGUAGCUGCUGAUGUUAAAGAGUAUGAACGAGAAAAUGUUGAUACAUUUGAGGCCUCAGUAAAAGCCAAGCAUAAUUUAAUGACUGUUGAACAAAAUAAUGGUUCAUCUCAGAAGAAGCUGUUAGCACCUGAUAUGUUUACAGAAUCUGAUGAUAUGUUUGCUGCAUAUUUUGAUAGUGCUCGUCUUAGGGCUGCUGGCAUUGGAAAAGAUUUCAAAGAGAAUCCCAACCUCAGAGAUAACUGGACUGAUGCAGAAGGCUAUUAUCGUGUGAACAUAGGUGAAGUCCUAGAUAAGCGUUACAAUGUGUAUGGCUACACUGGGCAAGGUGUAUUCAGUAAUGUUGUAAGAGCCAGAGAUAAUGCAAGAGCCAACCAAGAAGUGGCUGUUAAGAUCAUCAGAAACAAUGAGCUCAUGCAAAAGACUGGUUUAAAAGAAUUAGAGUUCUUGAAAAAACUUAAUGAUGCUGAUCCUGAUGACAAAUUCCACUGUCUGCGACUCUUCAGGCACUUUUAUCACAAGCAGCAUCUCUGUCUUGUAUUUGAGCCUCUCAGUAUGAAUUUACGAGAGGUAUUAAAAAAAUAUGGUAAGGAUGUUGGUCUUCAUAUUAAAGCUGUAAGAUCCUAUAGUCAACAGUUAUUCCUGGCAUUGAAACUCCUUAAAAGGUGCAAUAUCCUACACGCAGAUAUCAAGCCAGACAAUAUCCUGGUUAAUGAAUCAAAAACGAUUUUAAAGCUUUGCGAUUUUGGGUCUGCUUCACAUGUUGCGGAUAAUGACAUAACGCCUUAUCUUGUCAGUAGAUUUUAUCGCGCUCCUGAGAUCAUUAUAGGUAAAAGCUAUGACUAUGGUAUAGAUAUGUGGUCUGUAGGUUGUACCUUAUAUGAACUCUACACUGGAAAAAUUUUAUUUCCUGGCAAAACCAAUAACCAUAUGUUGAAACUCGCCAUGGAUCUCAAAGGAAAGAUGCCAAAUAAGAUGAUUCGGAAAGGCGUAUUUAAAGACCAACAUUUUGAUCAAAAUCUCAACUUCAUGUACGUAGAAGUUGAUAAAGUAACAGAGAGGGAGAAAGUUACUGUCAUGAGCACCAUUAAUCCAACUAAGGACCUGUUGGCUGACUUGAUUGGGUGCCAGCGACUUCCUGAAGAUCAACGUAAAAAAGUACACCAGCUAAAGGACUUGUUGGACCAGAUCCUAAUGUUGGACCCAGCUAAACGAAUUAGCAUCAACCAGGCCCUACAGCAUGCUUUCAUCCAGGAAAAAAUUUAAACGAGAUGAAGAAACUCCAAGGGUUUGAGUAAUUAAAUACAAAGACUGAAGAAAUUUCACAGCAGUUUAUUAUUAAUGUAUAUAAACUUAUAAAUAUUUCUCCAGCAAAUUUGAGGAAGCAUGAUAUAUUUGAAUUAACACCAAGGGUGAUAUUUCUUUUAGAAAUGUUAGUUAAUCUGUUUUGUGUCUUAUGUGAAAUUUCACUGUAGAACUGUUUUAAUUGCCAAGACUGCACAAAAUUACAGUGCUAAUGUAUAUGGUUGCAGUUCACAUAAAAGACAAAAGCAUCUGUUAUAAAAUGAGUAGUAAUACUGGGUGGUUGAUUCGUUUUUAGCAGAAUUGGCUUCAUUUUGGUCUUCAAAUAAAAUGGCCAGCAUAAAUGCUGUUUAUAUUCACGUUUUCCUAGGUGUGUGUGUGCAGGCCACAGCAGCAUGCCCUUGGUGUAGUCAGUGCCGAAAGGGGUCUGUUCCUUCUUGAGCCUGCCUGCAGGGACGGUCUCCUCUUUAAAAGCAGGUUGUGUACAACAUUCAGUACACUGAAGGUAAGCUAAACCAUCAACAUCACUGGUGUUUUAAGAUGUUAUUUUAUUGGAAUAAUUGACAAAUGAGGGAUAAUAGCUUUGUGGCAGAAUUCCCUGCAUGUGUGAUAACUGAUCUUGUUUUAUUUUUUGGCAUUGCAACUGUGGCAUAGUUACAAUUUCUGUUCUGUUCAUCACAUUUAAAAUUUGAAGAGUACGCGCUUGAUGGAUAGAGCGCCUUCAGUGUACUGUUUCUUAUUAACUUUACUUUUUUAAAAUCAACUUGCUAUAGACUUUAUAUACAUUUUGUUAAAUACAGUUCCUAGUGACAUAGAAACGAUGCAUAGUUUUCAUUUACUAAUUACAAAUGUUGAGGCCUAAUUCUCAAAGUCCUCAUAUUUAAAGGUUAGAUAGACAACAUAAUGAAAUUUUUAACUAUUUGUAUGUCAUUUUGAAAGUGUACUGCUUUAUGGUAAAAGUGUUUUUUCAUUUGUUCAUUGUUUUCAUUAUUUGUGAUCAUGUUGUCUUUCAAUACAGGCAUAAACCUUCCACUCUUGAACAAAGCAGCUGCUUUUUAAAAGCGGUAAUUGCUUCUUUACCUUUUAUUUCUUUUGUAAAUGAAGCUUUUCUUUAAGAUUGUGACUUUAAAGUGUUGUCUAUUGCAUAAACAGUUGACACUCACUUAUUGUAAAGUGAAGAUUGUUCUACUGCAUGUGAAGUGGACCAUGCAGAUUUCUGUAUGUUCUCAGUAUGCAUCACUAGAUAAUAAAGUCUUUUGUGAACAAGG